UGCUGCCCUGGGUCUUUUAGAGGCCCUGCUUCUCUGGAGAAUACGCAGCCCAUCCUCGGCGUCAGGACCUUUCAGAGGCUCCUCUACUUCAGAGUAUACGGGAGCCUCUGACUGGCAUUGGGCCUUCCGCUCUGCGUUGCUAGUCCGAUACUAGGGGCGCUCCACUCCUUCCGGGAGCGUCACUACUCGUGAUAUUACGGGAUCCUCCAGCGCCCAGUCCUUCCGGUGGCGCCGCUACACCUGAUAUUACGGGCACCCAUCGCGUAUUACCCCCCCCCACCCUCCUCCGCCCAGCAGAGCCUUUACCUCUGUCUGUCACUCAGCGGAGGGGCCGCCCCUGGCGGAGACUCCGCACCGAGAUGGCGGCCGAGAUCCAUGCCAGGCCGCAGAGCAGCCGGCCCGUCCUGCUCAGUAAGGUCGAGGGGCACCAGGACGCGGUGAGCGCCGCUCUCCUCAUCCCCAAGGAGGACGGGCUCAUCACAGCCAGCGAGGACAGAACAAUUCGAGUAUGGCUGAAAAGGGACAGUGGCCAGUACUGGCCCAGCAUUUACCACACAAUGUCAUCUCCUUGUUCAGCUAUGGCUUAUCAUCAUGACAGCAGAAGAAUAUUUGUAGGCCAGGAUAAUGGUGCCAUUAUGGAAUUCCAUAUCUCAGAAGACUUUAAUAAGAUGAACUUUGUCAAGACGUACCCAGCUCAUCAGAAUCGGGUGUCGGCUGUCAUUUUCUGCCUGGCAGCAGAGUGGGUUAUCAGUACUGGCCAUGACAAGUGUGUCAGCUGGAUGUGCACCAGGAGUGGGAAUAUGCUGGGAAGACAUUACUUCACCUCUUGGGCUUCAUGUUUACAAUAUGACAUUGAAACCAACCAUGCCUUCGUUGGGGACUAUUCUGGACAGAUCACACUGCUGAAGCUUGAACAGAACACUUGCACGGUUAUCACAACGCUCAAAGGUCAUGAAGGAAGUGUUGCUUCCCUGUGGUGGGAUCCUGUUCAACGGCUACUCUUCUCUGGAGCAUCCGAUCACAGCAUUAUCCUGUGGGAUAUUGGUGGAAGGAAAGGCCGAACACUGUUGCUUCAGGGCCAUCAUGACAAGGUGCAGGCCAUUUGUUACAUCCAGCUCACGCGGCAACUGAUCUCAUGUUCAGCUGAUGGAGGAAUUGCUGUUUGGAAUAUGGAUGUCAGCAGAGAAGAGGCUCCUCAGUGGUUAGAAAGUGAUUCUUGUCAGAAAUGUGAACAGCCUUUCUUCUGGAAUAUAAAGCAGAUGUGGGACACAAAGACACUAGGGUUGAGACAGCAUCACUGCAGAAAAUGUGGUCAAGCAGUGUGUGGCAAGUGCAGCACUAAGCGGUCCAGCUACCCAAUCAUGGGCUUCGAGUUCCAGGUCCGUGUCUGUGACUCUUGCUUUGAGUCAAUCAAAGAUGAAGAUCGUACUUCCCUGGCAACCUUUCAUGAAGGAAAACACAACAUUUCCCACAUGUCUAUGGACAUUUCUAGGGGACUAAUGGUGACCUGUGGAAGUGAUCGGAUUGUGAAGAUAUGGGACAUGACGCCAGUAGUUGGUUGCAGCCUUGCAACCGGCUUCUCCUCACACUGACCUAGGACCUGACAGGUUCAUGCACCUUAUGUACAGCAACAUACACCGAAUGAAUGAAAUCCCUCCUCGGAAUAUCGUCACAAAAGCACUGAUUGCUGGAUCCUUUUUCUCUUGCUCUUCCAGUAUGGACAGUCACCUUUGUAGAGCAAAGCUCUUCUAUAGGCUUCAGUGGGAAUCACCUUGAUACAGAAAUGCAAUUUCCCAGCCUGUUGAUGUAACAUAAAAUGGCUUACCUGCAACGUGACACUGCGAUAAAAGGAUCUGUCAUAACUUGGUUUACAUGUAGUGUUAACAAUGUGCUUUCUCUGCUGAAAUAUCUUGUACAGUAGCUAAAGGAUUACCAGAGUAAAAUGAGUUUAGUUUUUUCAGGUUUGUGCAAAUUAACUUACUGUCCCUUCCAGUAAGCAGUCCCCCACUGAACUCUUUUUCUGGUGUGCAGCUGUUUAGGCUGCCUCCAAAAGGAGUAUUGGUUAUAACUUUGGAAGAAGGAAAGACUUACUUAUUUUUUUAAGCAAUGUUUGAAUAAAGGGGCAGGUGUUCCCUCUCUGUUGGAGUGGCAGUAAGAGUAAAUGCUUGACAUGAGAGAUCCUGAUCUACUGGCUUUCUUGAAGUGUUGUCUGCAAAUUCAGUUAUUGGUAAAACUACUUUAAAAUCUGUUCUGUUCAGAUAGCUUGAGAGUUUCUGUAAAUAAUCCCAGGCUCUUAAACAUGCUGAAACUAUAUUUAUUCCCUCUUCUUGGCUAACGUAUAACGAGUGAACUUUUGUAGCUGUUAUUUAGUAGAUAAGCUGCACAUUCUCAAUAGUGAAGGCAGCCCAUGAUAUGUCACAAAACAUAUGCUCAUACAGUAUGUUUACAGUGCUGUUAAAAUGGGGGGCUAUGCAAGCCUGUUGUCUUAGUAAUCGCUAAAAUAAAAAGCCCCUCCUACAUUAAUGAACUAAUUUUUUAUGUGGAAAAGCUUAGUUCCCCAUUUAUCAUGAAGAAAUUAUAUGUAGCUAUAGCGUUAACUUAAUUACCACCUUGUCUUUUGUUUUGAAAAAAAAUUAAUGUUAAACAUUUCUAAAAUUCUCUUCUGAAGCAAUAACUACGAAGAUACAAAAUAUUUCUUGGGAAUAGUUGGCCUGAGUGCAGAUGAGGGCUGUUAAUCUUAAAUGCUAUGUGCAGUGGUGGUCCUUGCUGUUAUAAGCCAAGUGAGGCAGUCUGACAUUUUCAUGGAUUGCAUGAUUCCAGCUGGCAGUUAAGGAAAUAUUGCCAUGUACGUUGCUCUGUCAAGUACAUGAAUUACCUGUGUUCCAUAAAUAUUAGGAUAUAUGUAAUGCCAUAAGGUUGUCUUACAAGAGCUUAUUAAACAGUUUGAAAAUGAAAUUCAUUUAACUUUAUCAUAAUGUACCAUGGAGUCACAAAGGAGAUGGGAGUUUGUUGGAUUUUCACAAAAACUGAUGUUAUAGUGUAUUCUGUAGUGAGGGAAGAAAUAUGUGCAGGUCAGCUCUUUCUGCUGCCGUUGGAAGUGACGUGCUCAUUCUUGCAGAAAAAUUGAUGAGGUAUUGGAAAGAACUGCAAUUUUAGCCUUGCAGCAACAACCAAGUGGUGCUAUUGUCACUGCUGAAUUAAAAUCAUUGUCAUAUACUUUUGAUACAAAAAUUUUGCAUUUAUAGCCUGCUAUAGCUAGUGUAUGCUAAUAUCAUGGGACUGUAAUGCGUCAUGACCUUACUCAGUUUUCAUUUCAAAAACAAUAAGAUGGUAGAUUCCAUGCUACUAAAUACUAUCUCUGGUAUAUUCUUGAUUCACAUAUUUUGGAACUGGCUUUAUGACUUACCAUUUUAUGGGCCCUCUCCAGAAAUAUUUUGCUAAAGGAUUUUUUUUUAACUUGAUACUUCCUAAUUCUUCAUACUUCUCAUAGCUUCCCUCAGAAACUGGCAUCAGGCUAGUGUUUGAUUGUAUUAUCCUCUUAAAUUUGAAAUCUGAAUGAGUAAACGCUAAUUUAGAGCUUUUGGCAAGUCUGUAUUAGGAAGAGAUACAUUUGGGGGCCUCAUUUCAAUGAUCUGAAACUGUAUUGAAAGGAAUAUGUUGAAUGUUUUACAUUUGAAGAGUUACAUUAAUUAGUUCCAUUCCUUGCUACCUGAUUGAAGGUUUUAGUUUUGGAAAGACUUCUGUUUUCAAGUUAUAUGAAAUAUCAUGUGUGCCAGAAAGGACCUGAAGUUAGGUAAUGAGCUAAUGUAAAUCAGGGAGGAAACUGACAUUUGGUUUUUUUUCACACACAUGUUGGAUCAAACUCUUUUGUUCCACCUGGUUUAAGAGUAAAGAUUAACAAUAAGAGAUCUGUGAAAACAUUCUUCUCCAUGGUUCUCUCUACCCUAAAAAACCAAGAUGGGUUAUGUAUUUACAAUCCUUUUAAUCAAUAUCUUAUUUAGAUUAAAUUGCAGCAAAAAUAAAACUUGGGGAGGUUUGGAGCCACACUGUAAGUUCUGUUCCCCAAAGAUUUGGGGGUGGGGACGCACACCUCCUAUUAACAUGAACAGGAGCUAUGCGCCUGCCUCGGGAAAUUAAACUAGGUAGAUUUGAUAAUGAACUGUAUGAUUAAACACUAGCUGAUUUGAUUUCAUUCUGUCCCCUACAUCAAUCUGUACUACUGGGAUCGCCCCUUUCCAGCAAAUAAAGAGCUAGUACCCACUAGCGUCAGCUUCUUUGGAUGUUCUCUUGCAAAACAAAUUGUCAAUUUGGCUAUCUAGCACCUCUCCCAUAUUUAGCAUUUAACUUUUUCCCCUUCCCUGUGGAUAAUUCCCCCAUCCGUGGCAAUCAUAUUAAGGUUUUACCACUAGAUAAUCUAGAAUCUGCUACAUAGCUUUUAAAUUUAACAAAUAUAUUUUCUAUAAUAAAUAUAUGAAAUUAACAUAGUUAUAGCAUCACUUAGAUAUAACAAGGUGAUUAUGGCUGGCAAAACACCAGCUGGUCACAAAAAUAAACCUUGAGAUUUAACAAACUAAUAAUGCACUGAAGGAUAUAUUGCUUGUGUAAAAACACCUAACCUAUUUUUAAAGAAACAUACUGUUUUGUGCAAUUUAAAAUACAAUAACUAUUCCAGUGAGUUCAAAUGUGCAAUUAUUCAGAUUUAUUUUGAAGCGUUACCAAUUUCUUUUGUAUGGCCUUUUUUCAUUGGAGGAGCAAAGGGUACCAUUAAUGUAUUGUAAGUUCUUUACCAGCUGUGUUUCUACAAAAUACUGUACUCCACAUGGUUUAGAGAUGCUAGAUAAAUCUUGCUCCCUCUUUGGAUUUUUAACUUCGAAUACAUGUAUAAUAAAAUUUCUUGAUAGUCACUUAA